ACAAAACUUACACAGUUUACAGGUACUCGCAAAAACAAUGCCCAAAGCAAAAACUGGAGCAGUAUGGGAGGACCGGGAAGUGCUUUUCGACCUGCCUUUUUCAUAUUUGAGACUGAGACCAAGUGAAAAAAUUUUCGACCGAAUAGAGCCUAUCGAAGACACCAAAGGCAAUAGCGGUACGAAAGGACGGAUGGUUAUCACCAAUCUAAGAAUUAUUUGGCACUCUCUGUCAUCACCACGGAUUAAUUUGUCCAUCGGCCUCAACUGCGUGGUGUCAACAAGCACGAAAGUAGUCAAUUCUGGUCUGCGAGGUACUACACAAGCUUUAUACGUACUGGCUGCUUACAAGAUCAACCGCUAUGAAUUCAUUUUCACAAACCUGGCACCGAACUGCGUCAGGCAUUAUAUGUCUGUCGUUGGCGUACAUAAAGCGUACGCGGGUUCAAGAAUGUACAGAGAUUUGAAGCUUAGAGGAGCUAUAAUUAACAACAAGCAGUUACAAAUGUUACCACUUGAAAAGAUUUCUCUUCAUGAACAAAGUAUUUGGAACCUAUCCAGUGAGUCGGGCCAUCUCGGCACAAUGAUUGUCACUAACAUUAGAAUUGUUUGGUACGCUGACAUAAACCAUGGUUUCAAUAUUUCUAUGCCAUACAUUACCAUUGAAAGUAUUUCAAUGCGAGAUUCUAAAUUCGGAGAAGCAUUAGUCCUUGUGGUUCGGCCAACCUCCGGUGGCUAUGUGUUGGGUUUCAGAGCCGAUCCUCAAGAAAGAUUAAAACAUCUACAUAACGAACUAACUGCAUUACAUCAGGCCUACAACGAGAAACCAAUAUUUGGUGUGGAAAUGAAUUGGGACAAUGAGUUUGCUAAACCUGCCACUGAUGAUAUAGAUGAACUGGAAGAAAUUGGUGAACCAAGAGGAGAAAUGGGGCCAAACUUGUACCUUGCCUCUCAAAUGGCACAGACAAAUGCUGACGCUGAAGUACAGCCCGUUUACAAUAAUUAUAUCGGAUUGGCUGUAGAACCCUUAAAAGGUUUCACUUUGAAAAAUUUGUUCGAAGUCCAAACAACUUCAUAAUAAUUGAAAACUUGUUAAAUAUACUUAGACAAGUUCUUGGAGCUACACAU